CUCUGAAAGGAGGAACGGGAGGAGGGGAAGACAGGGGCGGUCAGCCCCGACGGGCAGGGCGGGGCCUCUAUGAAGCAGGAAGUGACGAUCCCGAUCCCCUCGAAUCCCACCUCCUCCAGUUCCAAAGAUGUUCCUACCUAGCAUCCUAAGGAGGUCCUUUAAUUUCCAUCGCCCCGCGCUCUGACCUAGGAGUCCCUUCGAGGCAGACCACCUCCCGCCUGUGCCUCCUUGAGCCUAAUUCCUGGAUCCCCCCAAACCGUCAGCCCUCCUCCUCCCCCCACGUCCUGGGACUCUGAGUCUGUGGUGGACUGGCUGGGCUCAGAAAGGACUUGGGGCUGGAGCGGAGCCAGACCGGCAUCGCAGGGGGAGCCUGGAGUGCCAGGGAUGGCCUUGGAGAGGGACAGACUGCCAGGCCAGGAGGAGGUGACAUUCAAGGAUGUGGCUGUGGACUUCACCCAGGAGGAGUGGUGCCUCUUGUCCCCUCUCCAGAAGGAGCUGUACAAGGAGGUGAUGCUGGAGAAUGCCCGGAACCUGCUCUCUGUGGGGCUUCAUUCUCUCCCAGAAGAUGUGAUUUCUUAUUUGGAACAGAGGGAAACCCUGUGGAUGGUGUUGCAAGAAGGCCUGAAGAGCUUCUGCCCAGGAGAGAAUAAACCUGAAAUCAAGGUGAAUCCCACAGAGGUGAGCCUUCCUGUUGAAGAAAUGGACCUAAAAAGUUUCAUGACUGAUGGUCCUGGCAAUGUUGCUUUCAGAGAAUACUGUGUUGCAUCUCAAAAUUCAUCUCAUAUUGAACAUAAAAAAAUUCAGACUGAGGAAAAAUCUAAUGAAAGUAAUCAUUGCAGAAAGACUUUUAUGCAAAGGGCCAGUCUUGCUGGACAGCAGAGAAUCCAAUCUGGUGAGAGAGCCUAUAAAUGCAAGAAAUGUAGAAAGACAUUCAGUCGGAGCUCCUCUCUUGCUGUGCAUCAGAGAAUUCAUACUGGUGAGAAACCUUAUGAAUGCAAUCAAUGUGGAAAAACAUUCAGUCAGAAAUCCCAUCUUGCUUUACAUCACAGAAUCCACACUGGGGAGAAACCCUAUGAAUGCAGGCAAUGUGGAAAGGCAUUCAGUCGAAGAUCCCAUCUUGCUAUACACCACAGAGUACACACUGGGGAGAAACCUUAUGAAUGUAAGGAAUGUGGAAAGACUUUCAGACAGAGCUUUGAACUUGCUGUACAUCAUAGGGUUCACACUGGGGAGAAACCUUAUGAAUGCAAGCAAUGUGGAAAGACAUUCACAUAUAACUCCAAACUUGCUGUACAUCAGAAAGUCCACACUGGAGAGAAACCUUAUAAAUGCAAACAAUGUGGAAAGGCUUUCAGACAGAGCUUCAAACUUGCUGAACAUCAGAGAAUCCAUACUGGGGAGAAACUUUAUGAAUGCAAGCAAUGUGGAAAGACUUUCUGUCAGAGUUCCUCUCUUGCUGUACAUCAGAGAAUCCACUCUGAGGAUAAACGUCACGAAUGCAAGCAAUGUGGAAAGGUGUUCACGCAUAACUAUAAUCUUGCUGUUCAUCAAAGAGUCCACACUGGGGAAAAACUUUAUGAAUGUAAGCAAUGUGGUAAGACUUUCAGUCAGAGCUCCUCUCUUGCUGUACAUCAGAGAAUUCACACGGGGGAAAAUCCUUAUGAAUGCAAGCAAUGUGGAAACACUUUCAGACAGAGCUUUGAACUUGCUGUACAUCAGAGAGUCCACACUGGGGAGAAACCUUAUGAAUGCAAGCAAUGUGGAAAGACAUUCAGUCGAGGAUCCCAUCUUGUUAUACAUCAGAGAGUCCACACUGGGGAGAAACCUUAUGAAUGCAAGCAAUGUGGAAAGACUUUCAGGCAGAGCUCCUCUUUUGCUGUACAUCAGAGAGUCCACACUGGGGAGAAACCUUAUGAAUGCAAACAUUGUGGAAAAGCAUUCACCCGUAAACACAAUCUUGGUGUACAUCAGAGAGUCCACACUGGCAGUAAGCCUCAUGAAUUCAAGUAAUGUUGAUAGAAAUUCAUGUAAAACUCUGAAGUUUCUGUACUUCAGAAUCCACACCGGGGAACAAAUCUUAUGAAUGCAAGAAAUGUGGAAAGGUUUUCAGUCGAAGAUCCCAUCUUGGUAUACAUCAGAGUCCACACUGAAGACAAACCUUAUGAGUGUAAGUGGUGUGGAAUGACAUUCAGUAGAGCUCUCAUUUUGUUCAUCAUCAGAGAAUUCACAUUGUGGAAUACAAUGGUUAUGAUGAAAUGAUCUGGGGAUCAACUUCAAAGUAAGAAACAGGAGGGUUCCAGAAUUCUGUAGAAGUGACAGCACUGUUUUUCUUUCAACAGACAGUUAAGCACUUGUUUGAGUUUGUCAAAUAUUUUAGGGUGGACCUGGUGAACUAGCUGUUCUCUCUCCUGUGACUUUCCUUGUGAUCCUUCUUAACAAUUUUAUGUUCCUGUGUAUCUUAUUGAUGGUGACUGAGACAUUCCUACAGAGUUGCUUGAGACACCUAAAGCCAUUUGUGAGUGAGACCUUACCUUUGAGUCCUGUUCCUGUUUAUCUUCCAAUCUUACUAUCUCUAUCACCAUUUAAGGGGUAAUUUGGGUUAUUAAAGUGUAUUUCAUUAUAGGUACUGGGACUUUUAAUUAGAGAGUUAACUGACAGUGUAGAUAGCAUCUCUCUGAAGCUACCAACUAAAUUUGGUGGGAGGGUUAUUUAUAUUCUUUAGAUAAAUCAUCCCAAUUCCCUUCCCUUCCCUUCCCUUCCCUUCCCUUCCCUUCCUUUCCUUUUUUCUUUUUUUAUUUCCUUUUCUUUUCUUAAAUAAACCCUGUUUAUUUAUUCAGUUUGUGCCUGAAUAGGUGGAUAUCCAAAUAGCAUCUCAAAAGGUGAGAUGUGCAAAUCACCUCUUGGUCUGCUUCUGAGAUAAAAUAUGGCCAGAGGUAUAGUUUGUGGCCAUUUUAAAUGAAUCUCUAUGCACAUUUUGCCAAUCAUAGUUUUAAAUUUUUUAUUCUUUCAACUUGGCUGGGGGUAUGAAAAUUAGGAGUUAUCCCCAAACGUGAAUUAAUUUGUAAUAAGACUGAAUUGGCAAAAUGAGUUCCUCUAUCCGAUUUAAUAUGUGCUGGGAGGACAAAAUGGGAAAUAAUUUCUUUUAAAAAGAUUUUGGCAACAAUAUCAGAUAUGGCCUGAGCAGUAGGGAAUGCUUCAGUCCACCUGGUCAACUGAUCGACUAUGACCAACAAAAAUUUAUAUUGUUUAGAUUUUGGCAUAGAGAUACAAUCGAUUUGUACAUAUUUAAAUGGUGUGUAAGUGAGAGGACGUCCACCAAAGGCUUUGCCAUGAAAGGCAUGUUGAUUAAAGACUUCACAGGUAGGGUAGACUGUACAUACUUUAGAGGCUAUAGUAGUUUACCAGGGGCUAUCCAUCCUCUUUUAACAGAGUCCAUGAAGCCCUGUGUGCUAAAGUGACAAUUUUUAUUAAUAGAUUGGCAAACGUGUUGAUGAAAACUUCUAGGGAACAGGCGUUUUGCUUCAGAUGGCACCCAUACCCCAUUAAUCUUUUAUACUUUAAGUUUUUGCUUCCAUUUCCCUACUUCCUUGUCAUUAUAGGAAAGGGAUAGAUCCAAAUCAUCAGUAAUUAUUAGUGACAAAAUUAAUUCAGGUUCUUCCAAGACUCCUAGUUUUGUUGCCUUAUCUGCUUGGUUAUUUCUCCUGGAGACAGUGUCAAUGCCACCUCCAUGUGCAGAGCAGUGAACAAUGGCUAUGGCUUUGGGGAGAUGGAUGGCAGAAAGAAGUUCAGUAAUAAGGUUUGAGAUGGCAAUAAAUUUUCCAGCUGAUGUUAAGAAUCCCCUCUGGAGUAUGCCAACAGUGUGACAUAUGCCAAAUGUGAAACAGGAGCCUGUGUAAAUUGUGACUCUUUUGUCCUUUGAAAUGAUACAGGUAUGUUUCAAUUCUGUGAGUUCUGCACCUUGUGAGUGUACAUUUGUGGGUAAGGAAACUGACCAGAGAGUAUCAAAAUUGAUAACUACUGCAGCUUCUGUAUAGUGCACACCAUCUCUCUUAAAUGAAGAACCAUCUGUAAAUAAUAUUAAAUCCAAAUCAUCCAAUGGGGUGUCCAGUAAAUCAUUACAAGAUUUAUCAGCAAUAGACACUAAGUAUGUACAAUUGUGUAAAGUUUUCCCUCAGAAGUAUACCCAGAUGUGAUUUACCCAUCUCACCAUUUGAUAUGCUAUUUGGACACCCACCUAUUCAGGCACAACCAUUUAUCCCUGCCUAUAUGUCAUUGUUAGGAGGGGAUACAACCAUUACCACAUAGACAAUUACAAAUGAAAUUAAGAGAACUCCAUGACUCUGGAGCUGCCUGUUCAGGCAGGCACCAUAGACUUCUUGCUUCAUGAUUUAAACCCCAGUGAUAGCGUCCACAUAAAGAAUUUCAAAUAUACUGGGUCAACUGAACCUGAUUAUGAUGGACCAUUCCAAGUCUUAUUGACUACAUCAACAGACAUUAAAAUUGGGGAGAGGGACUCAUGGAUUCAUUUUAGCCAUAUAAAAUGAGUAUCUUUUGUUGAUAACAAAUAAUUGACUAUAUUCAUUAAGUAGCCUCUAUUUUUUAACCACUAUAAUUAUGAAAUAUAUAAAAUUUUGACAUUUUUUCAUUAUGUUUUUCUUUCUGCAUGUGAUGCAAUAUUUGAUUUUUUCUCUCCUUUUUAUAUUUAAAGCACAUAUUACCAAUAUUGAAAGGAUUUUUUAAAACUAUUUUACUUUUUGCAAUAGAUUAAACCAAUAUGUCCUUUUGCCUAGCAUAUAGAUGAUUACCCAAAAAGCUUUGGAAUUUCAACCUGCCACUAACUUUUAUCAUGAGACUUUUGCUCAAUGAAUAUAUCUGAAUCAAGGAAAAAACAGACCACAAAGGAGCACAUAAGUUGAUCUGCAAAGUGGCACACAAGAACAAAAGGUAAAAAUCCAAACCAAUUCUAUGGGGAUUGAUGACAUCCUAUGCAUGAAGUCCAAGGACUUGAUCAUGUGUGAGACUUGAGGUUGUGGCUAUUUAACGUGUGUUAAAUGCUCAGGACUUCUUUGUACCAUACUCAAUAUCAAGUAUAUAACAUCAAUUGUUCUGGCUCCAUUAUCCUUGAAAUAGAAAAAAAGGGCCAAACUAGGGAAUGCCAUUUCCUAUUUGUUUUGAGACCUAGUAUUUUUUUUUCUAUUUUCUUUCAUGAUGUGACAAUUUACUGUAGUCCAGACUGCUAAAUUGGGUUAGUGCGUGAUUGUUGCAGUUUUAUGGGACAUGGAUUGCUACAAGAACCUUUUGUGAUUUGUGAAUUUUUUUCAGAAACCUAAGGAUAGGAGGUCAGGUCACCAACAUUGUUUCCUCUGUAAUAAAACUGUUAAAACAGUUUGCAAGAGAAAUGAACAGGUAUGGAGGAUUUAACAGGCAACAUAAUUGGAACAAUAACUAUAAUAACAACAAUAAUGUCUGGUGUAAUAAUAACUAUUCAAGAAGAAAUAAUGGAAAUGUGUGGCAAAAUGCCUGUUGCCAGGGAGCUCAAGCACCAGAUAUGAGCACAAUGCAGGACUGGGUUAAGUCUGGAGCAAGGCCUAAAUGUAGUCAGGUGAUUAAGGGUGAUGAGAGAAAAGGGGAAUGUUCCUUAUGAAGGUUUCCCCAGUGUUCUUCUGAAAUUAAAUCCAGGGAUAAUGAAUUGAGAGUAAAUGAAAAUGAGUGUAAUGGUAAUAAGAUUAAUGAAGAAAUAGAUGAAUUGGUUGAGUCAAAGGAUAAUAUAAUUAGUGUUACUAAUUUUAGGUGAAAAGAAUAUUGUAAUGUAAAUUCAGUAAAAAAUUCUACUGAAUGUAAAAUAAGGGAAACUAGUGAAAAAUGUAAACUGGAUAAUGAUAAUGAGAUUGUAAAUGAGAACAAUGAUACCAAGAUGGAGAAUAUAAGUACAAAGGAUAGUAGUGAAAAAGCUGAUGAUGGAAUUAAAAUUGGAAAAUCCUUGGAAUAUCAUGUAGUUCAAGCAGAAGUAAACUUGGAUGGACAGGAAAUGACUGAGCUUUGUAGUGAUGUUACUGUGCUAGCACCAGUAUUAGAAAUAUUUCAACCUCCUUUUUAUUGGUACUGGAGCCAGUAAAUCAGUUUUGCAAAGUCUUCCUAAGACUUAUAGAGCUGUUGGUACAAUGGAAGUAAAAGGAGCUACUGGAAAAUCAGAAAGAGUAGCUAAAUUACAAAUGAAAAUGAUUACUUUAGGUCUUCUAUCUGUGGCAUUAAAAAUUAGUUUUUCUGCUAGAAGUAUUAUAUUUUUUAGACUUUUAUUAAAGAUUAAGAAUUCAAGAAAACACAAGUAAGAAGGCACAUGCCUAGGAGGGCCGAAAGGCCCAUUCAAUUUCACUUACAUCAUGAGAGGCAUGUCUGCUUGGAAGUGGAAGUAGGAAGAGCAAUCAGUAGGCUUUUACAGCCAGUUAAAUAGAAAUUUUGAUCUCGCCCAGGUGAGGAUCUCAGUGAGAUUACAAAGCAUUCUGGGAAGUGGCCAAGGACUUCUGGGGAUUGAAGUCCGGGGUUCAAAUCUCUAUUUUUACAUAUCUUUGGAGUUUGCAUUUCUUUUUAUACCAGACUGUCCCAUGAAUCUUCUAAGUAGUGAUUUAUUAUGUAAAUUACAGGCAACAAUCUCAUUACAUCUCCCAGAAGAAUCUCUGAAAGCUUUUUCAUUGCUGUUCUUAGAUUCAGUCAAUACAGAGGAUGACUUGGAUUCCUUCUAUCCUAUACCUGAGGAUAUCUCUGAAGAUUUAUGGUCAAAGUCUUCCACAGACGUAGGUUUAUUGAAAUCAACUACUCCAGUAAGGAUGAGGACUAAGCAAGGACUAGUUCCUUGUGUACCUCGAUAUCCCUUAAGUGAAGAAGCAAUAGAGGGUAUUGUAAACCUCAAAUUUCCUUAGACUUAUAAAUGUUGGAAAUUUCACCAUUGGGAUAUUUCAUACUUGGAAAAUUUCUUACUGAUAGUCUAUUGGAAUGGGAACCCCAUUGGCAUGGGAGGUUCCUUCUCUUCCCUUCUUAAGAUUACUUUAGGACAGAAACCUUUUGCUGAACAAUGGAAAGGACUUUGACCUAUGCUUAAGCAUAGAACAGGAAUUUCUUUGAAUCAUGAUUGAUUUUAGAAUUGAUACAAUGGAGAUACUUGGAAUCAAUCUCCAACCUAUUGAGUCCUAACAGGAUUGAGUAAGGGCUGCAGCCUAGAUCAAAAUUUAAUUAUUCCAAUCUCUACCCUACUCAGGUUAACAGGAUUUAGAAAGGGCUGUAGCAAAGGAGCAAAGAUUUAAUCAUUUGAAAAUAUGACCUUCAACAGACAUGUGCAAAGCCUCUGGGUGGUCCUGGGUUAAGCUAGAGCCUCCAUUGGCACAGGGAAAUUGAUGGACAGGUGAUUGGUAGAUGUGAGGACUGAGGGGAGGCAACUUGGAGGGUUUCCUUAAAGAUAGGGGGUCUGAAGACUCGAGAGGUGGUUAUUGAGGUUUUGGUCGGAGUGGUGGCAGUGGACUCUGAGAAGCUGGCUCUGGAGGAAGCUGAAGGUGGGGGCCUCUGAGACUGUUUCUCCAUUUUGGUCACGUGAGUAAUAAGGACUGAUCUCUUUUCUUUGCCCCAGCUAUCUAAGGGCUUGGGCCUUUUGGCCCAGCCUAAACAGAAGGGGUAUUUAAGCCCUAUUUCCUUCUCUCCCUUUUCUCUUUCUCUAUCUCUAAUUACUUCCUCCUAUUGUAAUUAAACUCCAUAAAAGAUUGACGGCUGACUUAAGUUUUCAUUUAGGAAUUACAUAGCUGAUUCCUUGGCGACCUUAAAUUAAUAUAUAUCAGUCUUUUAAAGUGAUUCCCUUGUAACAUUGUGGCUGACCACACGGGAGUCUAAAGAAUCCUCUCAAUAAAACUUUUGAAAUUCCUUGCCUUUUUACUA